CUCAGUCGUGAUUCAAGCAGUGCAGACCGACCAUGCUUCACACUCGACAUGGAUUCAUCUAAUUAUAUUGUCCGACCUAAUCCAUUCUUCAACUUCAACAUUGAAGAAAUUUGUAUUUUAUGCGGUGUUAAUCUUGGGAAUUGUGAAAGCAAGUUUGUAAAUGAUGUGGUACCAGAAUUACAAGCUGAUAAGCCAAUUUCCUUAUUUGAAGCUGUAAAAAGGCUAUCAAAUUGUCCAACCAUGAGGGGAUGCAAUCAAUGGAAGAUGUGCCAUGAUUGUUCACAGGGUAUAAUCUUUGCUAAUGCUGUACAGACACGUUUUGCUAAAAGCAUUAAAAAUAUGCAAGAGUUUAUUAAUUUACAAGAUAAAACAGUUGCAUUUGAUAUAAGACAGGAAGCACUUUUUGUGGAUGGUGCACAUUGUAUAGAUCUUACAGAAGCCACUAACAUAAAAAGGGAGGCGUUGAAUCUUGUUGAGGAUGGCGCACAUUUUAUAGAUCCUGCAGAAGUUACCAACAUGAAAAAGGAGUCACUGAAGCAAGAAGUACUUGUUGAGGAAGCAUCAUUGCAGGCAAUCAAAUCAGAAUCUAAGGGUCGUCGCCGCAAAUAUAAGCGUCUUGCGGUUGUAAGAGAGGAAUCAGAUGAUCUCUAUGAGUGUCCAGAAUGUGAAAAGGAAUUUACAUCUAGUUCUGCCGUGUUGCAGCAUCUUAAAACACACAUCAAUGAUCCGAUGUUUAUAUGCAAGCACUGCAGAAUGAAAUUUCGUACCCUGAGGACCAAAAUCAACCAUGAUAAUCUUCAGCACAGGGAUAUUUCAAACUGUGAGGUUCAUUUUUUGAGCGCCGAUGAAUUUUUGCCAACAAAUCGUCAACGCUGGAGGAAAUAAUUUGAAACAGAGUUGAAUACAGUAACUGUUUACUCUGGAUUCAAUUAUUUUGUAAAUGAUAAGUAUAUUCUCAUUUAUUAUAACUUUUCGGAUAUUAGAUUCAAUGUGAAAAGAGUAUCUUUAGUUUUAUUUUUGUUCAAUUAAUGUGAGAUUCAUGAUUUCAAGUUGGGGCGCCGUUGAAAUUUUGCCAAGUGCGCUAAUAGUACCAAAACUAGCGCUGCUAUGUAUUCAUUGUUUAGAUAUUCGUGCGAUGCUUGUAUGUAAACAUUUUUUUUGUCGCGUUCAGCUAACGUAUCGCGCAAUGCUGAUAGUGACCUCGUGUUGUCGUGUUGGCUGAGCGCAGUUCGGCGCACAUGCAGUUUUAUUCCGGCCACGCGGUGAAUCGCGCGUGUUCAUCGCGGCUAGUUCUGUUUCUUUAGAUCAUAAUUAAAUAAAUUCAUUUAUAUUUGUUACACAAUCGACGGCAUUUACUAGAAUCGGCCGUGACCGGAGUUUUACAUUUGUUAUUGCACGCGUUGGGUGUUUAUCAAUCGCGGAUUGACUUUCGGUUCAUUUGAGCGCGCGUGUGUCCGACGGCAAUCGGCUAUCUUCUCGCGCAUAAGAAUAAGUUGGAUUUAUAAUUAAUUUGUGCAAGUAGACAACUUUGAUGCCCAGUGAGGAAGUUUGUGAGAGCUCAAACCAUGGAGUUUGCAAUAUUUAUAGCAGAAGUGUUGGAAAUGAGCGUAUUUAAAGGCAAAUCUUUACGGCGGCAGAAAUUGUUAGCUGUUGAUAUUGUGUAACUGUAAUGUAACUAUUUUUAAAUGUUGUCAAUAAAACACAAUGUAUAAUUAUAA